GAAACGAGCCUUAAAUGUGACUUGGCGUCGGUUUCCACCUCCCAGUCCGUCUGCAGGAGCAUCAACGGAACCUCUCUGUCUGAAAAUGGCCCAGUCAAUCCUCGACGCGAUGUCCGGAGCCUCCACGGGAUCUCUGGUGGUCACAGAGCCUCUGAACUACUGGGGAGGGAAACGAGUGAAGCCCCGGCAGGAGAAGAACGCAGAGCCCGUGUUUGAGCCUGCAACUGGCCGAGUCUUGUGUCAGCUGGUCCCCUGUGGGGCCGAGGAGGUGGACGAAGCCAUGCAGAGUGCCCACACCGCCUACCUAACAUGGCGCAAGAUGGCGGGCAUGGAGAGGGCCCGGGUGAUGCUCGAGGCCGCCCGCAUUAUCAGGGAAAGAAGGGAGAAGAUUGCAAAGAUAGAGGUGAUCAACAAUGGCAAGUCCAUCACUGAAGCGCUGGUGGAUAUUGAUGUUGCCUGGCAGAGCAUGGAAUAUUACGCUGGCCUUGCUGGAACUCUUUCAGGCCAGCACAUCCAGCUUCCUGGUGGAGCGUUUUCUUACACCAGGAGGGAGCCCCUCGGUGUGUGUGCGGGAAUCGGUGCGUUUAACUACCCCUUCCAGAUUGCAGUAACGAAGUCUGCUCCUGCUCUGGCAUGUGGUAACGCCAUGGUGUUCAAGCCCUCUCCCAUGACUCCUGUGACUGCUGUCAUCCUGGCGGAGAUCUACAAAGAGGCAGGGGUACCUGAUGGGCUCUUCUGUGUGGUCCAAGGCGGAGCAGAGACCGGCACCUUGCUCUGCGGUCACCCGACGGUCGCCAAAGUCUCCUUCACUGGCAGCGUUCCAACUGGCAAAAAGAUCAUGGAAAUGUCUGCAAAGGGGGUGAAGCAGGUGACUCUGGAGCUCGGAGGGAAAUCUCCCCUGAUCAUCUUCAAAGACUGUGAGCUGGAGAACGCAGUGAAGGGAGCACUCAUGGCUAACUUCCUGACGCAGGGCCAGGUGUGUUGCAAUGGGACCAGAGUGUUUGUGCAGAAAGAGAUCAUGCCGCAGUUCCUGGAGGAAGUGGUCAAGAGGACCAAGGCCAUCCCUGUGGGAGACCCACUGCUGGACGGCACCCGGAUGGGAGCGCUGAUCAGCAAGCCACAGUUGGACAAAGUGCUGAAAUACGUCAGCCAGGCCAAAGCUGAGGGAGGCAGAGUGCUUUGUGGAGGAGACCCUUUUGUCCCCAGUGACCCCAAACUGAAAGCAGGGUACUUUAUGUCACCCUGUGUCCUUGAUAACUGCAGAGACGACAUGACCUGCGUGAAGGAGGAGAUUUUUGGCCCCGUCAUGUCUGUCAUGCCCUUUGACACGGAGGAAGAAGUGAUCAAGAGAGCAAACAACACAACCUAUGGACUGGCUUCAGGAGUCUUCACCAGGGACAUUUCUCGAGCACAUCGUGUGGCUGAGAAUCUGGAGGCAGGGACCUGCUUCAUCAAUAACUACAACACCAGCCCUGUGGAAAUGCCUUUUGGAGGAUACAAAAAUUCAGGCUUUGGCAGAGAGAAUGGCCAGGUGACAAUCGAGUACUACUCCCAGCUGAAGACCGUGGUGGUGGAAAUGGGCAACGUAGAGAGCCUCUUCUAAGCUCAUCAUUAGGUUUACACUGGUGGACCAGAACUGUGAAUGAAGCGCUUAACUUCUCCCUCCGCUCAUGUGCUAUGCAUCAGAUAUUAAAUGUAGAGCAUGUAGCACUCUCCUCUUCACACUGCCUUCAAGCAUACGUAGUGAAAACUGAUGAAAUGAGCCAGAAUCGAUUCUUCCCUGCUGUACGCUUUAGUGUCUUUACCUAAUGAGUCACUCUGUAGGGUAGUAAAUGUAAGAGUUUACUGAAGGACAACCAAGAGCCUUAAUUAGAAAUUCUGUGUACAGAGAUUGGAGGAUCAGAAUUAGGAGAAAACAUCCCUUUAACACUUAUUAGAGUCUAUACUGUACACUUUGCUGAAACACUAAUGAGCCUUUCCCUUUUUUCAAAAUAAAAUGUUUUACAGGCAAA